CUUCAGUUCAUCUCUUCCUCUCUCAGCCUCUCUCUCUCUCUCUCUCUCUCUAUAUAUAUAUAUAUAUUCAAUAAUACAGAGAAAUGGAAAGCAAUUUGCCGGUAAUAUCAAAGAAAGUGUGGAGCAUAGUGCGCGUCGUCUUCUUCAUGCUCCGGAAAGGCCUCACAAAACCAAAGCUCUUGAUGGACCUCAACCUCAUGCUCAAACGCCCCGGCAAGCUCGCCGGGAAAGCCAUCGCCAAUCUCAUCUCCCACCACCAUCACUGCCACCACGGCGGCUCCGCAGCAUCCCACGACGUCCAUUUACAGUUCUCCACCACAAGCGAGUACGAGUUCAGCUGCAGCAACAGUCCCAGCUACAGCUUCUUCUCCAAACGCCAUUUUUCCCGUCACUUCCUUGCUUGCGCUCAUGCACCACUAACGCUGGACGAUGACGCGGUGGUGGUUAACAAUGCUCUUAAGGUCGCGUUGGAGAUUAUAGAUGACAAAAAAUGCAAGGAUGUGGCGGAGGCGUCGCCGGCACUACCUAGGUCUGGCCCGACCCAGACGGCGAGGCCGGUGAUGGUCACGGACUCUCCGUUUCCAGUGCAAGACGGCAACGACGACGGGGACCACCGGGUUGACACGGCGGCGGAGCAGUUCAUAGAGAGGUUCUUCAGGGAGUUAAGGAAGCAGCAGGGCUGA